AUGAGUACACAAACGUUUCUAUUUACGGAUGCACACCAGACAGGGCUCGGGGCGAUGUUAGCACAAGGAGACAGCAUCGAGAACGCACGACCAGUGGCGAUAGCAUCGAGAACGACCAACGCAGCAGAGCAAAGAUAUCCGCAAAUUGACUUGGAGGCACUCGCAAUCGAUUUUGCUUUGAGAAGAUUUCGACAGUAUAUCGUGGGUUUCCCUACCAAGAUCCAAGUGAUAACGGAUCACCAACCUCUCUGCUCGGUUUUCAAUGGAAAGCGCCAAGGGUCCAUCCGAACUGAAAGAAUCAAGCUCCGCCACCAAGACAUACGUUUUACCGUGACAUAUCAGCGUGGGAAAAUCAACCAAUCCGACUACCUCUCACGACAUGCAAAACCAAUCGAGAAGCUGACGCGCGAGGAACGGCAAGAAGCCGACGACCUCAACAACCUACUGUAUAUGCUUCACACCACCCCGAUCAUUGACUGCAUGGGUAUUGGAACUAUCGCACAAGCUACCCAGAACGAUCCAACCCUCAAAAAGAUUGCAACACUCGUCAACCAGGGGUUAACCUGGAUCGAAAAAACAGAGUCGUACUUCCAGAAAGUACUUCCAAAGCUUACGAUGACCGCAAAUGGUAUUAUUCUGAAAGGCGAAAAGAUCGUACUUCCAAGUAACCUCCAAGAUACAGCCAUCCGACUGGCACACAAAGGAGCUCACCCUGGCCAAAGUGGACUUGAACGACGACUCAGAUAUCAUUUUUUUUUCCACAAUAUGAGUAAGAAAAUAGAAGAAUUCGUCAAAUCAUGCAACCACUGCAGUAUGUUCAUCGACAAAAAGACAAAAGAACCCAUCAAACCACACCGGGUUCCCGAGAAAUGCUGGGAUACUGUAUCAGUCGACCUAUUUGGCCCGAUGCCAACAUCUAAACACGUGGUCGUCGUACAAGACUUAGCAUCACGAUUUCCAGCAGCAAAACUGGUUACAUCGACAAAGGCAGACAAAGUUUUACCAGCUCUCAGCGAGAUUUAUGCAACGUACGGAAACCCCGAGGUCCAAAUUUCCGAUAACGGGCCUCCCUUCAACGGCGCUCAGAUGCACGACUUCGCAACGAGUAAGUCCAUCAAAUUACAGAAGGCUCCACCACUUCACCCAUCCUCCAAUCCAGUUGAAACGUUUAUGCGUCCUUUGGGAAAGGCCAUGAAAAUUGCAUAUCAAACCAGGGCUCCUGAAAAAGAAACAUUGGAGAUAACACUAAACAACUAUAGACAUACACCUCACCAAGCAACGGGUAUCCCUCCAGCAGCCAUGAUGUUCCGAGAUGGACAGCGCUACGACUUUCCGAGAACAUACGCAACCGAAGAAGACGUAAGAAGAGCUCGGGAAGCAGACAAACAAAAGAAAAUUGAUAACGAAGAAAAAAUAAACUCUUCUAAAUACAGGAAGAAAUCAAAUUUCAACAUUGGUGACAAGGUUCGUGUUAGAAAUUACCAAAAAUCGAGGAAGUUUGAUCCCGUUUUCCUCGGUGAACCAUUCAAAAUCAUCGACAUCAAUGACGAAGGAAACAAACUCAUUGUCGAACAUCAAGAAAACGGGUUUUCGUUGUGCCGUCACCCAGAUGACGUCAAACCAUUUAUAGAACCAAACUAUAUCGAAGUCGAAGAUGUUCAGUGGCCAGUAGGAGAUGAAGGAGACGUGGCGGAAGAUCUCGGGAUUGAGAAAAGCGGAGAAACUGCACCAACACUGAGACGUAGCGAGCGGAAAAAGACCCCCAAUCCAAGAUACAUUUAG